GCCCAGAAAUAUACUUUACUUGCCUCUGUGAGUUCACGUCUGGCAUUUCUUACACAGAGUGGCCCAGUGAUGGCUCUAAAGAACGUUCUCAUUACAGGAUGUUCAUCGGGAAUUGGUUUGUCCAUUGCAGCAAAACUGGCCAAGGACGAGCAGAGGAGAUUCAAAGUUUAUGCAACAAUGAGAAAUUUGGGGAAGAAGGACGACCUGGUAAAAGCUACAGAAGAAUAUGUGGGGAAAACUCUGGAGAUUAAACAGCUGGAUGUGUGCAGUGAAGAGUCCAUCAGAGACUGUGUCAAUAGCAUUCCAGACCGCCAAGUAGAUAUUUUAGUUAGUAAUGCAGGAAUUGGACUUAUUGGUCCCAUUGAAUGCCAAAGCAUAGAAGAAAUGAAAUCUGUGAUGGAUACAAAUUUCUUUGGACUGGUCAGACUACUGAAGGAAAUAUUACCAGACAUGAAGAGGAGGAAGAAAGGACAUAUAGUAAUAAUCAGCAGUGUCAUGGGAAUACAAGGUAUUCUGUUUAAUGACAUAUAUGCAGCCUCCAAGUUUGCUGUUGAAGGAUUCUGUGAAAGUCUUGCAAUACAGGCUCUGAAAUUCAAACUGCAGUUAAGCCUCAUUGAACCUGGUCCAGUCAUCACAGAGUUUGAAAAGAAGGUUUUUGAAGAUGGAAUGAAAAUGGACCUUUCUGCUGCAGAUAAGGAAACUGCUGAAAUGUUCACCAAUGUCUAUCUUAAAAACUAUAAAUCGAUCUUCCAAAGCCUUGGCCAGACAGCAGAAGAUGUGGCAGAGCACACGCUAAAGAUUAUAUUGUCCGAGAACCCACCAUUCCGUCACCAGACAAACACCCUCUACACCCCGAUGACAACAUUAAAGUAUGCUGAUCCUAAUGGUGACCUGCCCAUUGACACCUUCUACAAGAUGGUCUUUCAGCAUGACAAAAUUUUCAAUGCAAGCCUUAAUUUCAUUAAGCUAUUGAGGUGGAGGAGUAAAUCGAGUUUUGACCUUGGGAAACCACUGCCCUAAGAACCACUAUUUGCGCUUACUUUAUAUUUCUGGAUCACUUUCUAUGCAAAAAGUAUUUUAAGUUCACCAGUGCUGGUAUAGGAAUUACACUAAUUGUCCUAGCAUUAUUCCUGUUAUUUUGAUCCCUUUGUAGUAGAGAUGUAGAAUGUUAUCCGUUAUCCCCUAGUAUAAUACAGUGGGCAGUAUACUUUCCUUGUUAUGAAGAUUGCACCCGACACUCAACACCUUCUAGUCACUUUUAUAUCCCCAGCACACUGGCUGAGAGAUUGGCUGACAGGAGAAGUCCAAAGAGCAUGUUAUAAUGUUCUGCGAUAUCUUUCAGUCUACAGAGACCAUUUAUGGUGGCCACAUAAAAUGAUUAUACUGUACUCCCUCCUGUGACCAGGCAGUGCUAGUGGCUGGAUAAUGUAUAUGUGAUUGGAUGUACUGAAAGAUGUACCUUUUUCUAAAGUUAAGGAAUGAAAAGGAUUAGAGGGGACACUAUGUAGGUAAAACAUGUCCCAUUCUGUUUAUUUAGCACACAGUAACAACUUUCGUAUUUGUUUGAUUAAAGGGCCUAAUUCAGAGUUGAUCGCAGCAGCAGAUAUGUUAGCAGUAGGGCAAAACC